AUGAACGACUGUCAUCAUCUUAACAACAGUAAUAACUAUUUCAAUAGCAUUGAUAGUUCGUAUUCGUUCGUUCCUGCAUGUACAAGCCUAGGUUUCUCGUGUCCAAGAUUGUAUACUGUAAAACGCCUGAUAUCAUAUAUUGCAACGAUUGGUAACUUCAUUGUUAUUCCAUUCAUACUGUAUUUAAUAGUUGCAAAAGUGAAAGAUGGAUUUUUCAAACAUUUCACAUUGAAUUUAAUGAUUACUUGUAUAACAUCAACUAUUGCUGCUCUCAUAAUUGAUAUAAUUAAUGUUAUGAAACUUUUUAUUUCCAUAACAGGAAAUAAUUCAUAUUUAGCUGAAAUCUUAGCUUGGGCCCGAUUUUACGUCAAAUUUGGAAGUAUUUGGUUCCAUGCCUUAACACUGUAUGCAGUUAUAGUUUGUUACCUACCUUAUAUGAAACCUAUUUUUUAUUCAAAAUAUUUUGUAAACAGGAGUCAGAAAUCAUAUUACGUUGCAUUACAUAUUUCAACAAUCCUUUGGGGUAGCUUUAUAACAAUAUUAUUUAAAGAAUAUCUAAUUCCUAUACCGUAUUUCCUAACUCAUAUCACAUUGUUUAUCGUAUUAUUCAUUGCUGCUCUAAUAGGAUCGAUUAAAAUAGGUAGAUAUAAGAUGAUUGGCGUUGAUUCGAUCCGAGUUGCAAAAAUGCAACAGAAACGUUUGUAUUCAUUUAUUACAUACAGUUAUUCUAUUGAAGUUAUUACUUUUCCAAUGUUUGUGUCAAUUAAUUUCAGAUGCGGACAAUUAACAUUAUCAUCAUUACGAUUCUUGCACUUGAGCCAUAUCGCAGUGCAACUUUUUCAUUGUUAUUUAAGCAAAAGUGGGCAUCAGAAGUGA